AUGACGGACCUCGUCGACUCGAUGCUGGACCUGAUGCGCCGGCUCCCGCCCACGCGCGUCGAGGAGAACGUCUCCGCACUCGUCAACAUCUGCCCAGACUACGCGGACGACCUCCUGGGCAGCGUCGACCAGCCCCUGAAACUCAAGACGGACCGCGCGACGGGGAGGGAGUACUUAGCUUGCGAUUAUAAUCGGGAUGGGGAGAGCUAUAGGUCACCAUGGUCGAAUGAGUAUGAUCCUCCGCUGGACGAUGGCACUGUGCCUACGCCAAAACUACGCCAACUCGAGAUCAAAGCCAACGAGGCAUUUGAUACCUACCGAGAAAUGUACUUCGAAGGCGGCGUCUCUUCAGUAUUCCUAUGGGACCUCGACGAUGGCGGUUUCGCCGGCGUCGUCUUAUUCAAGAAAUCUCUCAACCCAUCAACCGCCUCCGAGCCCUCUGGCUCCUGGGACUCCAUACACGUCUUUGAAGCCGCGGAGCGCGGCCGGCAGGCGCACUACAAGCUCACGUCGACGAUCAUGCUCGAGCUCGGGAUCAAGUCGAGCGGGGAUAUCUCGUUGAGCGGGAGUAUGACGAGACAGACGGAACAGGAUUGCCCGGUGCAGAACCAGGAAUCGCACAUCACGAAUAUGGGCCGCAUGAUCGAAGAGAUGGAGAUUAAAAUGAGGAAUCUGCUGCAGGAGGUGUACUUUGGCAAGACGCGUGAUGUGGUGUACGACCUGCGUAGCAUCGAGAGCCUGGAGAGGCAGCGGAGACAGAGGGAGCUGCAGAAGGAGCUGGUGGGUUUCAUGAAGCGAUGA